AAAUGGCGGGGGCAUCAGGUGGCCCCAUGUCUUUAGAACAGUUCGUCAGAAAUCACCAACUUCCCGCGGUUGUCAGGGUUACGGAGGGAAUCUACUCUACUGACGUCAUCGGCGACUUUUCUCUGGGGGACGUCAUAAAGAUUCUUCCGCCCAAAGGACGGUCCAGACCGAGGGGGUACGACCCAUCUGAUGGCGCUCCUCCUUAUGACGUAGUGGACAUCGUGACGUCAGGGACGGGAGAGGUGAGGACCCACUCCGUCUACUCCGACCUCUACGUCACUUCCGUCCGGCGUUCGGUCGACAACACCGUCUUCCAACCUCCCAUGAGCCUUCGCGAGCUGCUGACGAAAAGGGGAGCGGUUUUUCCGGUGGAGGUCACAGUGACGGAGGGACGGUUUGAAUCUGAUCAUGUCCGUUUGACAGUCGGUAGUGAGUUGGUGGUGUACACGAGUAAGAGUGUUAAGAUGCUUUUAGCUGAAAGUGGGGACACGAAGCUGGCAAUCAGGAAGGGAUACCAGGGAAGGUUUCGACUGAAACCCAAGAGGUAUCUGUCUGCUUCCGACCUGUACGCCUCGGCUGUGGAUAAGGAAGUCAAAGUCUUGAGAUCGCCAAAGAUGUCUUCUCUUGGCAGGUUGGACAGCAUUAGCGUCGAUGACGUACUAACCCCAACUAACGUCGUCGGAAAAGCGCCUUCGAGUUCAAGUUCUGCAGAACAGGUGGACUUUCUACUGUGCAUGCGCAGAGACAGGACCACGGGCGACAAAAUCCCGAUCCGAAUUCCCCUCUUCGCCGACUGUUUGUUUGAAGAGUGUUUGGACGCUACGGUUGCCAUGGCAACGCACAAACAGGGAUACACGCUCGGGGAACUUGUCCACGCGUUUCCCGAGUUGCCGAUAAAUGUCGAAGUUGUCCGAAGUGACCCGAGAUUUCCCGAAGACCGCCUGUCCGCCCUCGGCACCAUUUCGGUCCGUGGCGAGUACACGGACACGUACUUGGUGGUGAGUGAACUGCGCAGGCGCUCUGAUGACGAAUCGAUGACGUCGUCGGCGUUCGAAAUGCCCACGCACGGGGACGUCAAGGUCAAGCUUUGCCAGAGGACGCAGGAUCACGUCACCCCACGCGCCGUUGCCCAACACCUAGUCGAGUUCUUGCCCGUAGACGUGUACAACGAGAAACUGACGAGCGUCACAACUUACGAAACCAUCCUCACGCCUCCUCCCCUACCGCCGCGCCGGUCUAGUAUCCGCCGUCCCUCCACAUCCGCCGAGAGAACCAUUGGAAGUUUUUCUGACAACGAUCCGUCCAAACAAGACAUCCCAGCGGCCCCGCUACGGCAGGCAUCACUUCAGCGACGUCGCAAACUCCCGGAGACUCCGAACAAAAAUUGGAGGCAGACGUUCCACCCUACAGAUUCGGGACGCUUAGAUCUACACCAGCCCCGCGCCAGGCCGCUGUCGGAGAGCGACUCUGAUCACCAGCACCACUGGGGCAGCAAGACGCUCCCUGCGCAAACCGGCGGUUUCCCGACCCUCACCACAGCUAAAGACCGGGGCAGUUCCCUGGUGCAGGGCAUGUCCAGAAUGUUCGGCGCCGUGACCAGGAAGGUCGGACAGGCGAAAUCACAUCUGAGGCACAGCAAAGAUUGAUUUCAUGAUUGAAAUAU